CUAUAUAAAAUUAUAUACCUAAUAAUUUCUGUUUAAAUUACCAUGUGUGCAUAUCAAUUGUAAACCAAAUUUUAAGCGGAAGUUAAGCGUUCCGACUUUAUUUCCGCAUAUGCGGAAUCAUAAAAAGUAUGUUCGCAGGUUCGAUGCAACAGAAUACAGAAUCCAUCCUGAAGAGAGCAUACUAAUCUGUUGGAAAAAGUGCACUGAAUAAUUGACGUCUGUUGUGUAUAAUGUAUAUGAAAAUCUUGGUACUCGUUUUGGCGCAAGCAUUUCUGUUAAAAAGUAACGAAGCCAAGUUCAUUAAUGGCGAGUACAAUAAAGAUGAAAUGCCGAUCGAGCUUGGCGAGAUAGAAGAGGACAACGAUGACAGCACGAAAGCUGCAGAUAUUAAGCGCGCUAUCGGUAAAACUAAAAAGGAAAGUUUUGGAGAAGCCAGUAUGGAAUUAGCCACGCUACGUUUACUUGAGGAAGCUGCCAAGAAACGCAAGGCUUUAGAGAAUUUGAAAAACGAAGUGAACGAAAAUUCAAAAGAUAAGUGUCGCAAAAUCAAAAAAGUGGGUGAACCAAUCGUGCAUCAUCAUUCUGGAAGUACGUACGGAACAUGGAUGAGAGAUCCCUUGGGGUUGCUGGGUCCUGAAAAAAUUUGGUACAUCAAUGGUCAUCAUGGAAAUAAAGUGUUGGAAUUUGAGAGUAUGGAUUACUUCAAGGCUGGAGAGGUUGCUAAAACCUACAUUCUACCAUAUAACAUUGAUGGUACGGGUUCUGUUGUCUAUGGAAGGUAUCUCUAUUUUAACAGGGCGAACACAAAAAAUAUCGUGCAGUAUGACCUAGUUAAGGAAACCGUCACCAGAGAGAAAACUCCAAGCGGAAAUGUAUCGCCACGAAAGUAUUAUUAUCAUUGGGGUGGUUACAACACAAUGGACCUAUCAGUGGACGAAAGUGGUUUGUGGGUUCUGUAUGGCCACUCGAGUUACGGUGGAAAGCUGUGUGCUACACAGCUUGAUCCUUUAACUCUCGGAGCGAUACAUACUUACUGUCCGGUUUCGACUAAAGCCAUGAAAAGCAUGGGAAAUGCAUUUGUGGCGUGUGGAAUUGUAUACAGUAUUGAUAGUUUCAGUGCAGUUACAACAACCGUUAACUACGCCUACGACACAUCUACCAGAACUGCGACUACACCAGGCAUUUCAUUUCUCAACAAGUUUACCUACAACAGCAUGGUUACAUACAAUCCACGCGAGAAGGUUCUUUAUUCCUGGAACAGAAAUCGCCAAAUAACCUACCCCUUGGAAUUUGAAGAUUGAAACAAACUAAAACGGCCUAUAUCCACAAGAUGAUUUGAUUAACUGGACACGAAAAUGGACACAAUAAGUUUACAAAACUUUCUAACGUUGCAGUAUAUAGUUGAAAAACAGUAAAUCAAUAAAAUAAUUAGUAGAUUUCACAGCAUAAUUAUAUCAGCAUAUUGUAUUUGAUAAUUACUGUAUUAACAUGAUUAAGGUUCUUGACUAAUAGACUAUAAGUUGGUAGUAGUUCAUAA